AUGCGUCAAGCUUCUCGAUCGCCGCACGACAUCUGUAGCCAUAACGGCCCAAAUCGUACGGCCUACUUGAACGCCACCUACCUCUUCCAAAAACAACAUCCCAUCUCAAUUUGGGAAGUUUUCUCAGGGAGCGCCUCGGCGCGCAGCGAUUUUGCAAGAGACGACAUCCGAUUGCGAUUGAAAGAAGGCGUUCAAGGGGACGAUUGCGUCCAUGGUUCUUAUAAUGAUUGUAUGCGGUGCUUCUCGCGGGUCCGUGCCUCUAUCGGCCGUCUUUCAGAUGCCUAUGCCGUUUUUUCCAAAACUUUGCACAGAUUUGAUUGUAUGCAAGCAGUAGAUACUGCCACUGCCACGCGUCCUUUCUCACCAAACGGGUCCUGUGAACAUUGCAAGACGUGGUACGGUCGGUGGCUGCUCGUGCACUUAGUAGACGUCUGGGAACGUCCACCAUGCAUAAACUGGUGCUACUAUGCCCAGCUGGCAUGUCCACAUCUGGCUACCAGCAAGGUUGUCGACUACGCCGGACAUCCCAGCUUUCAGUGUCGCGACAUGCACAUACCGGUCGGCGACGCGCUUGAUGCUUACUCUUGCAAUUGCGUCCACCCGUGUGAUGUUCGAGGAGUCGUCUCGUUAAAUACAAGCUCAAGGGCCGGCAAUAAAAGAAGUGGCAACGACUUCUUUGCUGCCAAUGAACACUGUAACGCGAGGAGAAGGAGUUGUAAGAAUACAGCUCACGACAGAAUGAGAACAGGCAACGCGGGCCUACGGAGCAGCACAAACGAGGCGUUGCGACCAUCAAUCGCGACGACGACGCAACUGCUGCUCGCCAGUCUCCUUAUAGGGAUGAGGUUAAUAGUUGGAUUAGCUUUAUUCUGCACAACUUGGGCCCUUAACUGUCCUAAUAACAGUCAGGAGUUCAAUGGUUAUUGCUACCAAGCUUUAACCAGCCUCCCUAGUGAUUAUGACACCGCCGAUUCGUAUUGUGCCAAAAAGGGGAUGGCGAAUAGCCAUCUGGCUUCUGUGAUGAAUAUGUUUGAAAAUCUGUUCAUCGCCAGACUUCUACCGGCGGGAGCACAGGCUUACCUCGGAGCCAAGCAAGUCAGCAACAACACAUAUGCCUGGGCUGAUGGGCUUCCGUUCGCCUUUAACAAUAUCGAUACCACUAAACCGAGCGGUGGUGACUGUUUGCUACUGGACAAGGAUUCUGGAAAAUGGCUGCGCGUUGACUGUUCCCGUCCUCAAGCCUUCGUCUGCCAAAUUACCGCAACUGACCCGCCAGUUAUUUCUAAUAACACCCAAUGGAAGGACGCUGCGAACUACUUGCUGCGGGGGAUGGACCCAACUGCCAAUCCAUGCGAGGACUUCUAUCAAUUCACCUGCGGCACGUAUUUGAACAACACCAUCCUCAAUGGCCGUCCCAGGAUCGGCGUCUACGGUGAGUCUCAGACCCACGUCAACAACGACACCGCUCGUGCUCUCGACAGCGUCACCUCCUCCAGCUCGUUGACUGAGAGGAUCACCAAGGCUGCCUAUCAAGCUUGCGUCUAUAACUAUGGCCAGGACAACGUCGAUGAUAAGUCGAAGCAGAUCUACACAGAGAUGACAAAUGCCUUCGGCAUCCCAGAGUUGCCUCUGUUCAUGGACCCCACGGCCAUGUUCUCGAUUCCGUCCACCCAAAUCUGGUCGGCUGUUGGUUACUAUGAGGGUACACACGCCCUUGGAAGUCUUUUAUUCUCCUGGAGCACGGUCGAUUACCAAAAUAUCACCCAGAACGCGUUGUUCAUGAACCAGCCUGGUCUCCCCUUGCCACGUGACUAUUACGUCCUCCCCCAGUUCUUGACCAUCAUGGAGGCUCACGUACAGGAGUACGCUCAGCUGAUCAGCAUGUGGGCAAAGGCUCUCGGAAAGACUGUCAAGCCGGAAAACAUCCAACAGAUCGCUGCCGACGCCGUCAACUUCGAAAUCGCCAUCGCUUUGGCUUCAUGGCCCGAUGAGGAGCAGCGAAACUACAAACAAAUGUACAAUCCGUACACUCUCAACAAGCUGAUGAGCGCUUACCCCACUGUGGAAUGGACCGCAUACCUAAACAAGCUGCUCCAAAACGCCGGCCUCACCUCUAACAUCUUCUCGACCGAUGAAGUCAUUGUCAGCCAGCCCUCAUAUUUUGCUUGGUUGAACUCGCUUUUUGCCGGAAAGCAGUUCCCGUCCUCGACGAUUGUCAACUGGAUUUCCAUUCAGGCUCUUUACGACUCCGCUGAUUUCCUUGCUGGUGACUUCCUGAAGCUGGCUGAAGAGAACAACCGCCUGCCAUAUUUGAUGCAACACGGUGUUGGAUUGACCCGAGUUGGAGCGCGCGAAGGAAGGAGGAAGUUCGAUGAUAUCGGAGAUAUGUGCUUGGACUUGAUCAUGGCCUACAUGCCAUAUGGACCUGGCUACGUCUACGUCAAGCAAGUCGGUGAGACCGUUCGUCAGGCUACCGUCAAGGAUGUCAGCCAGCAGACCACAAACAUUAUUGACUCGUUCAAGGGAAUGAUCGAUACUCUGGGAUGGAUGACGCCCGGCAGCAAGUCCAAUGCCUAUAUCAAAGCCGCCGGUCUCAUCAAGAAUGUUGGAUGGCCAGAUAUGUUCAAGGAUUUCAAGGAUACAAGCGAUCUUGAUAAAUACCACCAGGACUAUGCUCCGAUUGCCGACCUCGACCAAACCAAGUUCUGGGAUAUCCAAAAGAUUCUGAAGGCUGGUAUGGAAACCCGCGAAAGUCUGCGGCCCCUCAGCGAGCCAGCCGAUCGCAAGAACUUCAUCCAGUCCCCAGCCAUGGUCAACGCUUGGUACCAGCCCGAAAGGAAUUCCAUCACAUUCCCCUUCGCUGCCUUCAAUGCCCCUUACUACAACCUCAACUGGCCCCAGGCUUUCAACUAUGGUGGACAGGGUGGAACCGGUGGACACGAAUUGACCCACGGAUAUGAUGAUGAAGGAGUCCAAUUCGGACCUGAUGGAUCUUUGUCGAACUGCGAUGCCUUCCACUGCGGAUGGAUGGACAUGAACUCGACCAGCGGUUUCACUGAUAUGGCCCAGGCAAGCUUCUUAUACAGCACCCAGUGCUGCCCUGUCAAGACCGGAAAUGUCCACUGCGCCAACGGUGCUACCACCCAGGGAGAGAACAUUGCUGAUCUUGGAGGACAAGAAGCUUCCUACCGCGCUUACCGUAAGUACGUCAAGGAGACACUGGGAGGUGUCGAGGAGCCUCGACUUCCGGGACUUGAGGAAUACACCCCGAACCAGAUCUUCUGGAUCACAUAUGGAUUCUCUUGGUGCAUGAAGCAGUCCACGGAUAGCUUGGUCAAACAGAUGCUCACCAACCCCCACGCACCAGCCAGCUGCAGGACCAACAAUGUUAUGCAAGAUAUCCCCGAAUUUGGUGUUGACUUCAGCUGCCCGAGGGGUUCCACCAUGUAUCCUCAGGAUAACAACAGAUGCAAAGUCUGGGUCGGAGCU